AUGGAGCCUGGACGUGGAGGCCCUUCUGUGCUGCCCCGCUGGCCCCUGCCUCGGCGGCAGGCUCCACUUUGUCUCUCUGCGCAGCCUGCCCUGUGGCCGACCCUGGCUGCUCUGCUUCUGCUGAGCAGUGUCGCUGAGGCCUCUCUGGGCCUCGCACCCCGCAGCCCCACCACCCGUGAAGGUCCCGCACCAGCCCCGGCGCCCCCCGUCGGCCACCUGCCAGGUGGCCGCCCGUUCCGUUCCUGCAGCGGAAGAGCCCGGCGGCCGGCCCCCCAACCUCCCCGGCCCGCGCCCCCUCCGUCCGCACCCUCGCCAGCUCCUUCCCGCGGGGGCCGCGCAGCGCGGGCUUGGGGCCGAGGCGGCAGUCCGCGGGCGGUGGGGGCGCGGGGCUGCCGCCUGCGCUCGCAGUUGGUGCCUGUGCGAGCCCUCGGCCUGGGCCACAGCUCUGAUGAGCUAGUGCAUUUCCGCUUCUGCAGCGGCUCUUGCCGCCGGGAGCGCUCCGCGCACGACCUCAGCCUGGCCAGGCUGCUGGGCGCUGGGGCCUUACAGCCGCUCCCGGGCUCGCAGCCGGUCAGCCAGCCCUGCUGCCGACCGACGCGCUACGAGGCUGUCUCCUUCAUGGAUGUCAACAGCACCUGGAGGACUGUGGACCGGCUCUCAGCCACUGCCUGCGGCUGCCUGGGCUGA